CUCGGAGGACCCCAGCGACGGAGGCAGCGCAGGGCCCGGGGACAAGGUGCAGCGGUGGCUGUGGCCCUGGCGACAGACGGCGCGCGGGUUGCCUGUGGAGCUCCCUUAGCCGGCAGCCCUCGUCCUCGCCGCUGGCUGAUCGCGGUGCCCCCGGCGCCAUGUCUGUGAGCGAGAUCUUCGUGGAGCUGCAGGGCUUUUUGGCCGCGGAGCAGGACAUCCGGGAGGAAAUCCGAAAAGUAGUGCAGAGUUUAGAACAAACAGCUCGGGAGAUUUUAACUCUACUACAAGGGGUCCAUCAGGGUGCUGGGUUUCAGGACAUUCCAAAGAGGUGUUUGAAAGCUCGAGAACAUUUUGGUACCGUAAAAACACAUCUAAUGUCUUUGAAGACCAAGUUCCCUGCUGAACAGUAUUACAGAUUUCACGAGCACUGGAGGUUUGUGUUGCAGCGGUUGGUCUUCUUGGCAGCAUUUGUUGUGUACUUGGAAUCAGAAACACUAGUGACUCGAGAAGCAGUCACAGAAAUUCUUGGCAUUGAGCCAGAUCGGGAGAAAGGAUUUCAUCUGGAUGUAGAAGAUUAUCUCUCAGGAGUUCUCAUUCUUGCUAGUGAACUGUCAAGGCUGUCUGUCAACAGCGUGACUGCUGGAGACUACUCCCGGCCCCUUCACAUCUCCACCUUCAUCAAUGAGCUGGAUUCCGGUUUCCGCCUUCUCAACCUGAAAAACGACUCCCUGAGGAAGCGCUACGAUGGCUUGAAGUACGACGUGAAGAAAGUAGAGGAGGUGGUCUAUGACCUCUCCAUCCGGGGCUUUAAUAAGGAGACAGCAGCAACUUGUGUAGAGAAAUAGGGACUCUGCCCAGGCCUGGCCCUGCUGACCUCAGUGGUUGCCAGUGAGGGUGAGCACAGUGUUGCUCACCGUAGUUACGAUGUCCUGUUGCUAAGCACCGCGCUUUAUUUUCUUAGCCAGUUGUGUGGUGUAUGUAUCAUAAUUGAAACACUUCUUUGGGGGUAAAAGAAUAGCUUUUACAAGGACAGGUUUUUCUCUGUUGUUUCAGUGAAUUUGCUUUGUAAUUCAGUUUUGUCAAAAGUGCAAAUGUCAGUUCCUUGGUAAAGUUCAUUUCCUGCUUUCCCUGAUGCUGUUGAUGUACUUGAUGGGGGAGUUUUAUUGUCUUGUGAGUCUUCAGAAGUGAUCCUCGGUAUUUUCUAUAUUCAGAUUAACCAUCUAUACACAAGUGUGAAGACAGAUAAUUAAAGAGGAUGGUUGCCAAGCAAAGGACACUUAUUUUAUAUUUUCCUCUCUUAUUUUAAGCCAGGUGAGUAAAUCAGGUGUUGAAAUUUUUUGCAAGGGAGUUAUAGCUUCAGGGUUCUCUCACUGCCAUCAAAAUAUAGAAUUAAACUGAAAAGUCAAGUUCAACAGAUAAUUUUGGGAAGUUUUUGUAUUAAAGGAUUGAGUAACAUCGUAUCAUUUGGCUCUGUUUACCAGGUGUGUUUGGAGGUAGCGCUUAGUGUUUUAAACACCUUGGUUUCCUGAUGUUGCCUUAACGUUUUGCUGUUGCAAGCAAUUAAAAAUUGUUUUCACACACAUCUUUUAAGACUUCACAUGAUACAUUUCUAAGAUAGGAAACCUUUCCCCUAGCAGCCAGCUAGACUGUUUGGUGUAGGAGUAUAAAGCCACCCAGUCAAGUUAACUAGUGAUACCGUGACUGGUGUGGUCUGAGAGAAAAAAGCUAUGUUUUGUCUAGAAGAAAGAAAAGCUUGGAUAAAUAAAUCAGCUGAUUUGGCACUGUUUUUUAGAGUAAGCAGUUUCAGGUUGUUGAUAACACUCCCAACAGUCAGGUUUUAGAUCCACUGUUUGGAGCAAGCCACGUAAAUCUUGUCGGCGCCCUCCCCUCUGAAUUUCAGGCAGUACUAAGAAUACCUGCCAUGUCAUUUUUACUACUGAAUUGAAGUUACUAAAAUGGUGACAAUCCACAGUUUUUUGGAGGUCACUGAAAGGAAGUUGCCAGUGUUUCUGAAACAACCUGAAGAUUUUAGGUGUAUCACCCUUCCAUGCCUGAUUCCAUCGUGGGCUUUCUGCUUGUACAGUGGGAUAUUUGGCAUAGAAAUCAGAGCUUCUAUCAUGUUGAGUUAAGGACUCACCAAAUUUUCCAUCAUGAGGAAAGAAGUAGAAAUGAGGCAUAAAUUGCUCUGCAUUGUUGGGUUUUAGAGUUUCUCUUGAUAGCACUUUCUGCAGAAGAGUUUGUAGAAAAAAAGAAAAAUAUUAGGAUCCCUGAAGUGCUUGGGAUGGUCAUCUCCAUUGUGCGAUACAAACACUGUCUGGAUUGAGUAUAAUAUGCAUUUAAUUACAUGAUCACACAUAGCAGUACUUUUGACGGUUUUCUUUGCCCCUUCAAGUAAAUUGAUUCUGCUUGAGAACAUUCAAGUUCUUGGCAGAAGUGGAUUUCAGUUUUAAAAGCAUUUUAAGUGUGGGAGCACAUUCUGGUCUUGUAAAUCCAUUUGAGAAUUUAGAAGUGUCCUGUCUAUAAUUAUUCAUUUGUGUUUGUUGCUGGCUUAUUGUAAAGCAAUAAAAACUGGGUAUUAUUUUUUCCCCCGGUCUUUUGUAAAUUAGUGUUCUGCCGUGAGAACUCUGCUCUAUGGAGAAUACAUUCUGACUUGUUUGAGGCUGAGGAAGACCAGGGGUGAUAGAGCACAUGCUGCUGUGCAGUCGUUAAAAUAAGAGAUAGCAGGCACAUUGCUGCACCAUAACGUGCAGGUAUCGUUUGUGAUCCACCAUGAUUGGGAAUUACAAGUAUUUUAACUGAAGUUGUGGGGAAGCAUUGGCUCUGGCUUUACUAAACCAGAAUUGCUUUAUUCAGUUUUAGAAAAUCAAGCAGGUUAGAGAAAGUAGAGAUGAAUUAGUGGGUGCUUUCUUCAUAGACAUAAGGAGAAAAGAACUCCAUAAAAACAUCGUAAGAUUUGCUGUCUUGAACGAUAUGAGUAAUGUGUAAGAGACUUUAAUAAAGAGUGAAAGCUUUGGUAG